AUGCUUCGGAGAGGCAGAAGUUUCAUGGUCUUCGCUGGGCUUCGGCGACUGCGUCUUUGCCUGCCCGCUUGCUUGGCCUUGCUUGUGGGCUGGGUCCGGUGGCCCUGGUGGCGGUGUUUCAGCCUUGGCCUUGUGCGGAGCUACGAGCCUCCGAGCUUCGAAGCGCACCACAGGCAACGCAAAGCUCUCAGGCGAAGGCUGGCGAAAAGGGAGGACGUCGACGUGCCCGCUUCCGACUUGGAGGAGCUCGAACUGGAGCUGCCGACUUUUGAGGAGAGGAAGUGGAGGAAAGCUCCAUCGUCCUGGCCGGCGGAGGUUGCGGAGCUCUUCGUGCCGCUGGGCCCACACACUGCGGCCACUCGCUUCGUGGAGACGGCGCCGGUGGCUUCCUGGCUCCCGGCCACGUUGUACAACGUGCUUUGCGAGCUGCCGGUGAACGAGUUCGACCUUCAGGCGUGUCUCUACCCGAAGGGCUCCCACCUCUUCACGGCCCCACAACUGCGAAAGCUGCUGAAGGCCGCAAAGGCCGCCGCGUCCGGUCGGGUGCUGGACGUGGGUGCAGGCGACGGCUGCCACACUGCGGUGUUUCGCAUGGUGAGCGAAGAGGUGGUCGCCACGGAGACGUCGCAAGGCAUGGCCUGGCAGCUGGAGAGAGAGGGCUACGAGGUGUGGUGCGAGGAUGUCUCCGAGACUUUCGCGGCGCGGGCGCAGCGGACACGGCGCUUCUCGCUCGUGUCGAUGUUGAACGUGCUGGACCGGUGCACUGCUCCCAGGAAGCUCAUGGCGGCCGCCAGAGGGCUCUUGGAGCCAGGAGGCUUCCUGCUGCUGGCCAGCCCACUCCCCUUCGCCGCUUCCUACUACGGCCCCGAGACCAGCUGGAACGGCCAACCUUUGGAAGACUUGAGCUUCACUGGCAGCUGGGAUGAGGAUGGGCUGAGACUGGUGCAGGAGUUCCUACCUAGUUGUGGAUUUCAUGUGAAGGCGGUGAGCAGGUUGCCUUACCUCUCGGGUGGGGAUGUUCUAGACGGUGGCUGUAUUGAGCUGGAUGACAUCGUCGUGCUGGCUCAGAAAGCUACGCACCGAACUUAG